GCUGUUGCGCAAGCAGGAGAGUAAAUCGAGCAAAACAAGCGGCAAGAGUCGAACCAUGCGACGCCAAGUUCCAUCUGUGACGCUCUGUUACAGUCUGGACAACAUCACCAUCACACUGCCUCCAGAUGUGGACUUCCCGCUGGCAGCAGUCAGGAGUGUGGGUCCGCCACCAGCUAAAUUGUGUGGAGUUCAAGGCUGCACAAACCUCAAGCGAUACUCUUGUUCCAAGACUGGUGUCCCUCUCUGCAGUCUUCAGUGCUAUCGGAAAAACAUUAAUGGUUCCAGAAGUACAUGAAGGAAUUUUUCUGUGGGAAAUGUGCCAGUCUCUAUUGUACAUUAUGUAAAUAAAUAUUUAAGAUACUUCACAACUGAU